AAUAAAAGAAAACAAAUACGAUAGUUCUUUUUUAACUUUGCCUAAAAGAAAAUAAAAAAGAAAAUCUCUGCAGGCCCCAUCGGAUCAACGACUGCGAUUGCUGUGAAAAGGAAAGACUGUAUCACGCUUAACCUGGACCUGCUACCAUUUUAUUUUUCCUUCCUCCUCUUCUUCUUCCAUUCGCUCGGGCUUCUAUCUCUCAAUCUACUGUACUCUGAUUUGCACCUCCGUACUCUGUUUUUGGACCAGAUGGGAAAGGCAAAGCACCGGCAGCUGGUGGCAAUACCUAAGAGCAAGGAUGGUUCUUUAAGUGGCACAGAUUUGGAUUGGGAAGAUAGUUGGGUUAUGGUUAAAAAGCAGAGAGUCACUAUUCUGAUACCUCCCCAGCCUCGGGCCCAAGGUUCUACUGUGCCAAAGCCAGGACCACGGAAGCUUGAAGCCAUGCCUAUAGAAGCUGUAAAUAAUAAAUCCUCCAAGCCAGUUGAGACUCCUAACAGGAUGCCUUCAGUUGAGGAACAAGCGAAGGUAACUUCGGUGACUGCUAAUAGAUGUAUUGAAGUGUCUACAAGAAUUCCUACACAGCAUCUAUCUGCAUCACACAAGCUACCAAGACUAAAUGUCGAAAUGGAAGCGGAAAAUCCCGAUCGAUUUCAUACUUUUAAGUCGCAUAAUGUGCUUGGGGUAUCAAACGUCUCAAAAACAAUCAAGCAACCAAGACUAUUGCUCGGGCAACGGCAUUUUCUUGAUGGAAGCAUACUGCUGAAUCAGAGACUAAGGGCAUCUCUGCUUGAGAAGAAGCUUCAGAAAGCAGGUGGGUUGAGCAGGUGGUUAGCAUCAAUUGGGCUGGGGCAAUUUGUGAAGAUUUUUCAGGGUAAUAUCAGUAAGUUUCAGUUGGUUAAUUUAACUAUGAAGAAGCUGAAGGAUAUGGGCGCAGACGCAGUAGGCCCUCGCAGAAAGCUGAUGCAUGCCAUCGAUUGUAUUUGCCAGCCAUACUGUUUCGAAGCACGCUAAAUGUUCUCUAAUUCUUGUAGCAUCUGGUGAUAUAGGUGUUAAAUUUUGAUCAACACAGUUACAUAUGCAUAUGUAAUCUUUCUUGUAGAUUUUGUAGUUAAGAGACGAGCCUUUACUAGUUGUAACAUGUUAAUUGGCUAUAAGUGAGUGAGAAAUCUGUGUUACAUACUAAAUAUGAUAGCAAUGAACUUUUUUUCCUGCUAAAGAAAACAUCUUUUUCGACUUUCAUCUUU